GGAGACAAGAGGAGGCAGCGGCUCUCGGUGAAGAGGAGGCUCGUCCUGCCCUCACCCCAGUCUCAGCCCUGCCAGUGUGCAGCAGGGGGCACCCUGAUCCUGGACCGCUGAAGGAUAUCCUGGAGCCGGCGGCAGCAGGUUGUCGGUGGAGCGCUCACACAACUUCAGCACCAGCCACAGAGCUCUAUUACGUGGAUGAUGGGAGUCUCGCCCGGAGCACUGGGAUUAUAGUUCCAUCUUCUGAGCACUGCUUCAUGCCCUGGGCACCAAGUUUCUUCUCAGUGGGAUUCGCACCUUGCUCAGAUCAGUCUGCAGCCAGCCUGCGGAGCCUUCUUCCCAGACUUACCCAGGAUCCAGUCUUAUAAGGAAUAUACACAUUCUUGUAGAUACCUCUUAACCCUUCAGUUCCCACAGUCACUGACUGUAUGGCCAAAGGCAUUGGAUUGCUUGACAUGGUUUUGGAAAGGUGACUUGUCUUUGGUGGUCUUGGAUCUAAACUAGCGCUAGUAGCGCCUUCUUGUGCAUUUCCGAAUUACCUGUCAGCCACACCUGUGCCCCGCCCCCUAGGAGCGUGUUGUGGGGUCAUGUGAUUUCACACAGCGAGCUAUGCGGAAUGCCAGGUGAAUAAUAAGGUAGGAUCCUUCUUUCUUUCAUAAAAGAAAAGGCCAGGACUUCUGCUAUGAAUUGAAUGAGGUUGGAUCAAUACCAUGAGAAGCUGGUGACUGGUAAGGUCUCUUAACGAACAAUGAGUAGAUAAAAUGAGUCAAUGUAGAAAGAAGUAAGCAGCCAUUUACAACCAGAGAGCUUGCCAGUGGAGCUGGACAUUGCUUUUUGUGGCUCCCUAGACCAAGCUGCCAGAUCCUCACAAUGACUGCCAGGAGAAGAUGCCCAGGGCUGUUGUGGAGCUUCACUCACUACCAGGUCCACUAUAACAACUGCUACAUCUACUGCUGCCUUCUGAUUCUCAUCACUGCCAAGGCCUCUUGUAAAGUCAUCCCUACAAUUCAUCCAACAGCCCUUCCACCACCUCCAUCUGCCAUACUACCAGUGAUUUAUCGCCUGUCCAAUACCCGCCUUGCCUUCUUUUUACGAGAAGAAGGGCCACUUCCCACAUGGAAUUCAAGUAUGCCUCUACUGCAACGGUCAGAGCCCUUUGUGGUUUUUCAAACAAAGGAAUUACCAGUAUUAAAUGUCACAUUGGGACCUUUUGCUUCUGGACAGGUUUUGCCAAAGGAGCUACUUCAGCCUUCAAGUAUACUAGAAGUUCCUGAUCGACUAACUGUAAACUGGAAAAUAAGAGCUUACAUUAUUCGUACAAAGGUUCCUGCCACCCAACCAUUUGUACAGGUGCUCUUUUAUGUAGCUGGCCGUGACUGGGAUGAUUUUGGUGUCACAGAACGUCUGCCCUGUGUACGGCUUCAUGUUUUUCAGGAGAUGAGAGAACGCAAAACUUCAUGUCGCCUACGGGGAACUCUUGCCACAUGUCUUGCUCAAGCAGAACUGCCUCAAAUUUGGUUUGGGUGGACAGCGGCACCUAUGGGGAGACGGAAAUCAACCCCCGAAGGAGCAGCAGACCUUAAUGGGGAAAGCCAACAAAUAGAACUUUUCUACACUUUACAUACGCCAGACUCCACCGGAAGCUGCCAAAGUGAUAUAAGUACACGGAGAGGUGGAGAAGGCCCAACUCAACAUCCACUUUUAAGGAUUGGUAGUGUUAGCCUAUACCAACCUGUGCAGGUUGAUCAGAUUCAAGAACAACAUUUGGAUACAAAUAUCUUUAUCAGGCUUCCAGAUCAGCCACUACGUCCUGGAGAGAUCCUUAGCAUCUUGCUUUACCUUCAACCAAAUUCAACUGUAGAACACUUCACAGUAAGGGUGAAGGCUAAGAAAGGAAUUAACUUGCAGAGUACCAGAUCCCGGGAUCUUAGAUGGGUUGUCAACUCAGAGCUUCUAACAGGUGGCAAACAUUCCACCGCAACAGUAGAUGUGACAAAGGUUCAGGCGCUCCCUCACAGGAUGGAUGAACCUGUUAAUCCCAUAAUGCAGCUGGACUUCGAGAUGGAGAAUUUCACAAGUCAGUCUGUUAAAAGGCGUAUAAUGUGGCAUCUAGAAUAUCAAGGUCAAAAACCUCCUUCUGAAAUGGAGAAAGCAGUGACAGAACUGACAGUGAUCCAAAAAGAUAUCCGAGCUAUAGUCCCCCUGGCAAUGGACACUGAGAUAAUUAACACAGCUAUUUUAACAGGCCGAACAGUGGCUAUCCCAGUGAAGGUUCUGGCAAUUGAAGUUUCGGGAAUCAUCACUGAUAUUACUUCUUUAACAGAGUGUAAAUCCAGCAAUGAGGACAUUAUCAAGGUGUCAAGUAGCUGUGAUUAUGUGUUUGUUAGUGGAAAGGAGACCAGGGGAUCAAUGAACGCACAAGCGGUUUUUACCUAUGAACAUCUCAGUGCACCAUUAGAAAUGACUGUAUGGGUACCCAAACUCCCUUUAUCCAUUGAACUCUCUGAUUCAAAACUAAGCCAAAUAAAAGGCUGGAGAAUUCCAAUACUACCAGACCGCAGGUCAGUACGUGACAGUGAUGAUGAUGAUGACGAAGAAGAUAGAAAGUUAAACCGGGGUUGCACUCUUCAGUACCAGCAUGCCACUCUGCAAGUCUUUACCCAGUUCCACACCACUUCAUCUGAGGGCACUGACCAGGUUAUCACAAUGCUGGGCCCAAACUGGAUGGUGGAAGUUACCGAUCUGGUUAAUGAUUUCAUGCAGGUGGAAGACCCAAAAAUAGCAGAAAUGGUUGAUAGUAAUACACUGGCUGGAAGGGAACCUGGUACAACAAUUUUUAAAGUAGUGUCUCCACUUAUGGAAGCAGUGCUGGGUGAAACCACAAUUACAGUGACUGAGGAGAAGGUCAGCAUCGUGGAGCUCCAGGCCCAGGUGAUAUCAGGGCUGACCCUCUCCCUACAUGCCAGCCCAGGAAACAGCCACACCAUUGUUGCAAAGACAACAGCCCAGCAUCUGCUAAAACAUCCGAAACAAGAAGCUCUUCUUAAUCUUUGGCUCACAUUCAGUGAUGGAACCUCUGCGCCAUUGUCACUCUAUGAUCCCAAGGAUUACACAUUGGCUGUCACUAGCUUGGAUGAAAAGGUGGUGUCUGUAAGCCCAGAACGUGCUUUUCCUCUUGUUAUUGCUGGAGAAGAGCAAGGAACAGGCUCUUUGCUUAGAGCAGAAAUGAUAAUUAAUGAAAGCUGCCAAAAAACUAAACGAAAAAGUGUACUUUUCACUGCAACCGCUCUUGUUCAUGUUGUUUUUGGCUCACUUGAACCAGGAGGAGAAGGUGAGCCUGGGAAAUUACUGACUGAAGUUCCUGCCCACUCACCUGUGCAAGAAAAUAAAGAAAUAUCAGGAACAACAUCAAUGAUAACACUAUCUACAACAGUCGAAGAGCACAGUUCACAUGUUCCUGGGGAUUAUUCUUUACCAAUUCCUACAGUGUAUCCUCAAAUGCCUAGAGGAUUAACAGACCUGGAGAUUGGAAUGUAUGCUCUCCUUGGAGUUUUUUGCCUUGCCAUACUGGUCUUCCUUAUAAACUGCAUUGUGUUUGUUCUAAAAUACAGACACAAAAGGGUUCCACCAGAGGGCCAGGCUAAUCCUGAUCAUUCUCAUCACUGGGUUUUUCUUGGAAAUGGACAGCCUCUUAGGGCGCGGGGAGAAUUAUCCCCACAACCUGAAAGUCCUGGAAAUCCCUUAGAAGCAGGAACUCUGCCACCUCAUCAUUCUUCUUGCUGUAGAGGAGAAGCAAGAGGAAGUAGCAGUAACAGCAGUUCUCAGGCUAGUGUACAAAGUCAGUCUCAUGGACGUGGAGAUGGCUCCUCUGGUGGUGGUGGUUCUAGUAGAGAAGCAAGUGAGGACCCUUUAAGUUCUUCUCCAACAUCCAAACGCAAGCGAGUUAAGUUUACUACCUUUACUAGUUUGCCAAGUGAAGGUAGUGUUUAUGAUGCAGUACCAGGAGCAGAAGAAUGUGAUCUUGAGUGGGUUUGCCGAGAUAUGGGACUAAGAGACCAACAUGAACUCAGAGACUAUAUCAGGAGGGUCAGAGACAUGGCAUAGCCUUAGCGUUUUGUUGGACGUAUUGUAAUGGACAAGAUGGGCAAACAUGCACCAAUUAGGUUUGCUGUUUCCUGCAAAACACAAGAACGGGAUAAUGUUCCCUCUUAUGUCUCUAUAUUAAUGUAUUCAAACCUACACACUGCCACUCACCUCUUUUCCUUCCAUCAUACCAAUAGUCACUUAAGACAUUGACUUGUCUUUCUUUCUCUUUUUCGCUUUUAUUCAAAACACAUGCACAUUUAUCUAAGAGAAGGGAGCAUGUUGUCUACCUAUGUCUCUUUGUUCUUUGAGAUGGAGAUGUGAGCAUUACUAGGCCUCCUGCAUACCAAACCGCUUCAUGUAUUACAUAAGUAAAGUAUAUACCAUUCUUAAGUUCCAGAUAAAAGGUUGAAGAACCCAAAAACAGAACUGGAAAAAUUGUUUUUGUUAAACAAAAACAUGGUAAAAAGUAAUCCAAGUUAUCGAUGACCAUCAAACUAAUGAAACUGAAUGCAAGAGUAGAUUUUAGAGACAAGUGGAAAC